UAAAAUACAUUCUCCUGUCCAAGUUGAAUAUAAUAAUAGUCUGUUUGAUGACCAUUUGCAGACAGAGGGAGUGUUUGGGAUCCAAUUAUCUGCAUAUUAUAUACACUGAACCACACACAUGUCUGUGUGCUCUGUGGGUUGUCCCUAUCUCUAUUCAUUCCUGGCAAACACACAUACACAUGCACUCAUAUGAGUAAACCCUGCACCUUUUGAUUAGUCACACACACACACACACACACACACACACGCUCAUUACACAGUCAGUAUAUCAGCUGGGUGUUGGAGGAAGUUCUGCUGUGGUAUUUCAAAGUAGCUCCUUUAGUAAACAUUCACUUGUCUGUCUUAUGAGAUAUCCUGAGUCUACUAGCUAGUUAAACGGCAUACGUCAGGUGCUGCUGAACUGGUUCGACUGAAGGUUUGCUGUAUGUGGAUAGUUUCUGGGGUGCAGGGGUUCUAAAUGGAGUAAUAGGUUGUUUUUUUUGAUGAAGCCAUGCUGUAACAACAUGAGGGAAUUCACUGGGCCUUAUGUGCAUCUGAAAAUAGAUCUUCUUUUGAGCCGUUGUCAAAGGUUUUGGGGAAAACAUUUUGAAAUCUGAUGGAAUGGCGGAUGUUCCUCAGGCAGGUAUCCCAGCAUUCUCUUCAUGGCUCGCUCAGAUUUCAGAUACUUUCUCCAAUGGCUUCCGCCGCCUUGGCCAAAACGGAGCUGUUGACUCAGAGGUCUCAGUGAAAGAAGAGAGUUCAGAGGUGGAGCAGUAUUUGAAGGUUGUUCAUGGAUCUGGAGUGGAUACACAGGAGAUGCUGGCACUGCGAGGUCAGGGCAGCAGUUUUGAUUAUGCCCCCUCUGUCGAACGUCUGACUCCCAUCAGCGAAGAGACAGACGAGCUGGAGACCAGAAGGAGUGAUGCUGUGAAUAGUUACGGCGAUGACGGUGAGAUUUCCAGCUCAUCAGGCAGCGAUGAUGAGUUAGCGAAGCAGUUUGAGAUCUCUGUUUCCCGCUCACAAAGCUUCCGUUCGGGGGUUACGGAGCUCAACACCCAGAAUGCACCAGGGCAACAUCACAAAUUUAAACGGCUGCUGUCUGACCAGGAAGAAGGAAGCACAGAUCCAUCUGACUGUGAAGAAGCUGAGAGAAACAGUGUGCAGAGUUUUCAGGAUCCCCUCUCAUCCAGGCGACGUGUGAGGUCUGAGCCGAGAGACCCGUUAUCACAGAGUCCUCUUCCUGAGGGCCAGACCCUCACAGACCCCCUCACUCUGAUGGCGGAGCAGAUCUCUGUGGGCUCCCAGGACACAGGGGACGGUCUGGAGGCUCUACCCAGGGACGAGGGCAGUCGCCUGAGCAGUGUGGGGCGGCAAACCUCACAAAGGAGUCUGGCAGUUGACAAUCAUGGAUAUGACAACAGUGAGGCUACGGAUAGUAUCUCCACAUGGAGCUCUGAGCAUGAACAAUCUCCAUCCCACCCUUUGAGCGCUUCCCCUCGUGGACAUAUCUCAAAAUGUGGUGAUCUCAUAAUUGCCCUCGACUACCGGGCUGAAACGCACAGGCUCUUGGUCACGGUGAUAAUGGCCCAAGGCAUUCCAGACAAGGCACGGAGCGGCAUGGACUCCUGGCAGGUGCAUGUGGUGCUGUUACCUGGCAAACGACAGCGGCACAAAACGGCCGUACAGAAAGGCUCCAUGCCCAGGUUUGAGGAGACAUUCCGGUUCUCACAUCUAGAGCCGGGGGAUCUGGGUUCCUCAGCGCUGCGGUUCCGCCUAUAUGCGCUGGGGAAGAUGAACAGGGAGAGGAUGAUGGGAGAGGCCAUGUACAAGCUGAGCAGGCUGAAACACACGGGACGCUUCGAGAUCACGCUGGUCCUGGAGCCACGUAGUAAUCUCAAGACAGUAGACUCCCAGGUGUCUUUCAGCGCUCAGAGUGACAGUGCUUCCUCCAGUCAUUCUGUGUCUCACGGUGGAAACCCAGAACUACUGCUGGGUUUAUCAUAUAACGCCACCACAGGACGACUGUCUGUAGAGAUCAUUAAAGGCAGCCACUUCCGUAACUUCGCUUUCAACAGACCUCCAGAUACAUUUGGUAAGCUCACUCUGUUAAACUCCAUGGGACAGGAGAUAUCCCGCUGUAAGACGUCCAUCCGUCGCAGUCAGCCGAAUCCUGUCUUCAAGGAGACGUUUGUCUUCCAGGUCGCACUGUUCCAACUGUCAGACGUCACAUUAAUGGUCUCCAUUUACAAUCGGCGGAACAUGAAGCGCAAGGAGAUGAUUGGCUGGGUGGCUCUGGGCCAGAACAGCAGCGGUGAGGAGGAACUUCUUCACUGGCAGGACAUGAAGGAGAGCGGAAACCAACAAGUCUGCCGCUGGCACACACUACUGGAAGCUUAGAGGAGAGAGAGAUAGAAGUCUAAUCACUCAUACCUACUGCGUUCAGCUGGAUUUUCCUUUGGGAAGGAGGUGAAAGCCAAGACCAAAAAUACCCACAAAAACCGGAAUGAACAAGCACUUUUAACCGUAUCAAACAAAGAUAAGAUAUGUAAAUUUUGGAAGCACAUCCAAACACAAAGAAACACCCACACACCACUUUCCCUCUCCCUGAGAGUACUUGAUACAGCCUCUUAUCUGGUAACCAGGAAAUGACUUCAUGGCAUAAUAUACAGACUACUCUCUUCAACUCCAGCAGCAACCAAUCAAAAUGCAUUAUAGCCCGAGCCAUGGUGAUUGUCGCCUAGCGAUUUCAUGAAUGGAGGAUUGAUUUGAAAUGAUUAAAUGCCUUUCUUCAGAUCGUUUUAAGCCUGAACACCAGAACCAGUUUUGGUGAGACCAAAUGCGUAAAGAGCAGAAAAAUGUUAGUUGAACAUGUGCACUUUCAUUCAUGCUCUCCUACUGAUGACACUGAAGCUGUUUCUUUUUAUUACAUUUUACAUUUUUUAUUACAUUUUACAUCAAAUAUGCUGUAAUGUAAAGUCACAGACUCAUGGACAGUGUUAUGAUAAAAGUUGCUGUUAAAAGGAGUACACAAGUUAUCCCUAUUCGUAUCAGAAUAAGAGAUAUCAGCAAAUGACUUUAAAAAAUGAAUUUGAAAUUUUGAAAAAAUGAAAUUUCUGAUAUUAUUUACUCACCUCAUAAUGUUCCAUUAUGAAUGCUUUUCAUUCAACCAUGGAACACAAAUCUCUUUUUUAGUCAUUUUACUGAAUGAGGACUGGUGCUGGUCAGGAUUUAAAGGAGACCUAUUAUAAAUCUCAGGUGUCCCCAGAAUGUGUCUGUGAAGUGUCAGCUCAAAAUACCCCACAGAUCAAUUGUUAUAUCAUUUUGAAAAUGCCUAUUUUGAGUGGAAGCAGAAAUGCACUGUUUUACCUACCCCCUUUUCCAGAAUAGGGCUGUGCCUUUACAGAUUGUUCCUCAGAUACUCUGCUAAAAAAACAUCUGUUUGGGCUUGAUUUUUCAUGUCUAUCAUGCUGAAAUCAUGCAUUUUAGACCAUAUCAGUUUAAAUUUCGUAUAUACGGUUUUCUGAGUGCACACAUCUGAAGCACAUGCACAGAGAGCGUCUGUCACACGGCAUGCAAGUGUUUAUGUGGAAAAACACACAUGGGUUACAAAAACAGUCAGUUAUAUCUGUGAAGGUAAACAGCUGGGAAAGAAAUCGCAUGUUUAUAUUAGAUCUGUGUCAAAACAGUUAGCAUGCUUCGCUUGAACGUUCGCCAUGUGUUAGACCUGGCACACUGUUGUCACUUCCGAAAAAACAUAGGUGGCGCUGUGGGUGGAAACGUGCAGAUUAAGGGGCGGUAAUUUUAUAAGAUCCCCUUUCUAUGUCAAAGGGGAAGCAAAAUAGUUUUUUUUCACAAGCUUGCCCAGAAAACGUGAAAAAGAACAACCCAGUAAAUUCUUUGGUAAGCCUUUCUCUGUUGGUAGGUGUACCGGGGACCCGAUUUUCAUGAUAUGUCACCUCUUCCUCUCACAGAGCUAUUGUAUGGCUUGAGAUGGCUUCAAGUAUAUAGUGCCCAAGUCACAUGCACUACUUUUAUGGUGCUUGUGAAUCCAUUUUGAAGCUUGAAAGCUCCAGUCCCCAUUCAUUGUAAUUGCUUGGAAAGAGACCAGUCCUACUUACCAAAAAUUGUCUGUACUCGGAGCACAGACACUUACGCAUGUCCAAGAAAAUCUUUAUGACAUUAAAACACAAACUCUUUUGUAAUGCAUGCCUGUAAUGCUUUAUGCAUAUAUAAAGUGCCUGAUCUGGUCAAACCUGUAUGGAAUUUUAUUUAUAGCCAGUAAUAUCGGAGAUUAGCAUGGAACAAUACAGAUGCAUGGACCACAGUGUUUUAAAAAUCAGUAGUGCCUGUUUUGCAUGCAUUUAAAUACAACGUGGUUUUUGGAGAUAAAUGCAUAUAUUUUUGUCUAUCAUUAAAGACAUCUGUAAUACACUACUUUUGCUGGCAAUGUGAUUUUUUUUUUUUUAUGAUUCAGAAUAGCAAUAAAUCUGUAUUUUGUUACACUGAUUAUCCAUUGAUCUAAGUGUAUCACAACUGUGAAAAUAGGCACUGAAAAAUGUACAAGCGACUGUUACCUACCAUAUGAUCAUAUCAUCUAUUGAUCAGUGUGUUUGGAUCAGACUGAUAAGAGUAUCUAAAACUGUUUGCCAGAAGAGUGUGUGUUUUAAUUUUCCCAUCAUGUAAUGUUUGCGUAUGGGAGUGGAAGAAUCGCUUAUGCUCGGAGGAGAUAAUUAAGCUUGGAGAUGUGAGGUUAAAAGAUCAUUUAACAGUUUAAAAGGUUUCAAUUUAUGAUGUACUACUUACUAAUGUAUGCCAGAGAGAUAUGUUGUAGGAGUGUAUGAGCAAUAAAAGCUUUCAAAAGUAAAACUGAUUCUAAGGAGAUAAGCCAUAUGUUAAGAAAUACGCAAGGAGAGGAGGAAACACAGCAGCAGAGGAUGCGAGAAGAAUGGAGUUUGAUGCUGGAGCGUCAUCAUUGCCUAGUGACUCUCCUAGCAACAGGAAACAUCUGUUUCAGCGUCGACCAAUCAGCAGCCGGUGCAGUCUGUUAUUGCUCGCUGCACAGAAAAGGGAUAUUUUAAGAGCCGAGAGUGUGUCGAAUACUACAGGGAUUAUAUCAAAAGCAAGACUUCGACAUCUGGGGGCGAAGCGUCAAGUUCACGCGGAGCUGAAUGCGGCUACAUUCGGCACAGUAUGAGCUGUUUUGAGCCUCUGGUUUGAUGAAGAACGCGCGUGCGGGGACUGUUAAUGUGGCUUUAGAAAUAAGGAACCAUUAGGCAAUGUGUGUGAGCCAGAGGAAAGAGUCUCAGGUGAAUAGAGGAUUUGUCAGAGAGGUGUGUGAUUGUGUCUGCGUAAAGCAGUUCUCAGGGUCUUUCCUCUAAGAGUGCCCUCAACGGUCAACAACGUCGAAAGUCGCCUACUUUAAGCGAAAAUAUGCGGAAGAGGAGGAUGUUCAGGGAAGCCUACAUGGAUAUUUACAAAAACACCUGAUCCUGCGUGAGGAGCGCAGCUGCAUCCUGCGCCUGUCUCUGCAGAAGCUGCGUUUCCUAGACGACCCCGAGGCUUACCUCCGCCGCUCCGUGCUCAUCAACAACCUGCUACGCACGAUCCACCUGGACGAAGCCCAGAGGGAGAGAGAGAAACAGAGGGAUGACAAGGAAGAGGAGGAGGAGAUGGAGAGGAGGCGGAAGAGACUGAAGGUGGUACUCCAGGAGUUCCAGCAGUACAAGCUGCUGCCGUACUCAUCCUCCCCAGCCUCAUGCAUCUGUGGCCUGGGGAGCUGCCACACCCUGCCUCCUGAUCAUGGAGCUUCAGUGCUACUCUAUCAUUUGGACGAUAAAGGAUAAGAUGUCAUUGCACACAUGCAGGGGAUUUUUCCAGCUGUUUACGACUGAUUUCCAGGAGCCAGCAUUAAGGAAGAAAGGGUUUGUGUGCAUUUGUGCUUGUGCUGGUGAAUGUGAGCUCUGCGGUUUGUGAUGUGACAGGUGUCUGUCCAUAUCAGGGUGCGUUUUCCAACCGGAAAAAGACAUCAUCUUGUUAUCACUGCCUCGCUCUGUUGAUAUGAACUUUGACCACAGACAUUUUGUUUUCAUAAAUUUGCUUGAGUGAGCUAUAAUCUUAAGCACUGUUUUCAGGGAUAAAAAAGGCAAAUGAAAAGCCAUGCACCUUGUGGUUGUUAUAUUAUGAUGUAAGAAAAAAAGACAAAAAUUUAAAAUUGUAAGUGUCAAAGUCCUGGCUGCUCCUAAGGAUGGAGUGAUUUUACUAAAGCUUUGUUGCUGUGAAAUGGACAUUUUUGUGUAAGUGGCUACUGAUGUCAGCUAGUAAUGAUUUCUUUUUCUUUUUUUCUUUUUAAAAAAAAAUAAUAAUAAGUUUCCAUACCUUUAACAACAAAAUAAACGAAAACAGGAAAAUGUAGGGGCAAAUAAGAAGUGAAAAUGAUUUCUUUCAAGGCCUUCUGGUUUUUUGUUUUUGGUCUCACUCUCAGCAAAAAAGUACAAAACUGUCACCAUAUCACGCAGCACCCUUUCAAAAUGUAUUAAUAUGCACAUUUAAGAUACUAAUAUGUACCAUUUGGGGUAAAUAAUGUACAAAGAUGUACCUUUUAGCUUUUGUACCUAAUUAGAGUACCACCUCAACAACAGUUUUUGUACCUUUUUUUUCUGAGAGUGUAGUGACAUGCAGCUUUCACAAUGUAAAAACAACAACAACAACAACAAAACUAUUUACUGCAUUUGCUACUUGUGUUUCAUUGCAUACAGCCUUUUAAGGCUUUUGGCAGAAACUGUUAUGUUAAGGUGACUCUGCCAUCUAGUGUUAUGGCAAUGAAUUCUCAGCUACAUAGACCUCUUUGGUUUAUUCAUUCAAUCAACUAUACUACCUGUCGUUUAUAAUGCUGUUUUACACUCAUUUGUACCUUGUAACAAAUUUCAGUUGUCUGGCCAGUAUACUGAGUUUCCAAUGCCUCAUUUUACACACACACACACACACCGAAUUUCUACAUUUCUGGCUCUAUAAUCUUUGGAAACCCUAGCUAUGUGGGUGUCAGAAUAUCUCAAAACAAUGGCCUACAUUCAGUGCACAGACCCAUGGUUUAUGACUAACAGGGAAAACAAGGUAUACAUGCUCAAUGUAGUGUAAAAUCUGUCAUUCAUUCUUACACAGAACCUCAGAUGAUCGCGUUCUUGUCUCAUAUCGCUGUGCAUGUCUCUCUUAUUUUGGUUACAUAAAGUUUUCUAACAGGCAAAGUUGUGCAAAAAUAUUUUGGUACGGUUAAUAAUGACUGGUACUCUUACUAUUAAUAUUUUGUGUGUUUGUUUAUGCACAUUUGUAUGUGUAUUGUACUUUUUUCGAUAUCUGAAUGUAAUUUACUGAAAUCUAAAUUCAGAGUGCUAUCUUUUGGACAUUUCAAAGCAAAGACAUGGAUAUCCAGUUUAUUUUGAAAUGAAGCUAUUUUUUGUUUAAAAGAGAACACUAUUCCUCAGAGAAUUUAGUGCUAUUUUGCCAAAAGAUUUAAAAGUAGCAUACAAGAAUUGUCUAUUUUCAUGGCACUGCAGUCAAAUAAA